AAACUAUAUAUCAUCAACCACCAACUUUUCUACCCUACCCCAAGAUGCGCAAAUUCCCCCUCAAUAUAAUUUUGACCCUUCUAGUCUUAUACAUUGUAGUCCUCCCCACCACCGCGACCUGGGAUCUCCGCUUCCGCAAACGCCUCCCCAGCCCACUAAUCAACCCACCGCACCUCCGCCACGAGCGCCGCCUAGGCGAUAACCUCGACGCCAUCAAGAAGUGGCUCUCAUACCAACAGCAACCCCUAGCAGCAGCCGCAGAAAUGGGCAGCAACCCGUCCAGCAAUGCAGUGCUCCCGCCGGUCUCUUCAGGUGACGGAGGAGAUGGCCGCAAGAGCGACGGGGUGAUCGUCUCAGACGUGCUCCCCAAGACCAAGGGCGUGAACAUCUUCGCCUCUCUGACACGGCAGUUCGAGUCCGUUGAGGCGCGUCUUGACGACGCCGCCCGCAACGUCACCGUGCUGGCGCCCCGCAACAGCGCCAUCCAGGACCUGCCGCGCAAGCCGUGGGAGAAUCCCGACGACUAUGAGCGGUUCGGCGAGGCGAACGCGUAUGCCGGCCAGGACGGUCAGGAUCGCGCUACCCGUAACCUGGAGCGGUUUGUUAAGGCGCAUGUUGUUGUGAAGAGUCCGUGGCCUGAGGGUGAGGAGGCUGAAACGCUGGCUGGUGAUCGGUUGACUUGGUCUAGGGUUGGGGACAAGAUUCGGAUUCAACCGGGCGAUGUGGAGGUGGAUAGUAUUGCUGAGAAAGUUUCGAAUGGGGAGGUGUGGGUUCUUAAUGGGGUGAUCAAUUAUCGCUAGGCCGUAGAUUAUAUAUUUUGCGUCAAGCGAUGACCUGCUUCUGAAUGUGAUGAUCAAUGAUGUUAAUAUGAAUACAUACUACUUUCUGCACGCUAC